AACAGAGUUGCUCCCAGAAUUCCAACGGAUCUGUGACGUGUUCACCUAAAGAGCGGGACGACUCUGACUGCGGGAUGGACAGUGUGGACUGCGACUUUGACCUCUCUUGGACUUCACCGAGUAUAUUUUGUACAUCAUGUUGGUGAAAGUGAGAUUUGGAGAAACGCAGAAGUAUGUCAAUGUGGCUGAGACUGAAGAUGGCUAUGAUGACUUCAACACAUUUCAUCAGAAAGGUUGGCAUCACCUGCUGAAUUAUGUGAUAUUUAGAUGUCUUAUAUUAUGGAGUUGUGUUUAUGAUGGCUAAUGGUAAUGCCCUCUGUGAAGAGAUCAAGAAGUAGAAGUUGACCUAAAAUGUUGAAAAACAAGCUUAGCAAGCUGGUUAUGUGCUUAUUUUUCCAUUGUUUUAAAUCUUAUAUCUUUAUCAGUCAUUCAAAAGCUAGAUCUUCCACUUGAGACUCAGCUGCACAUAACAGAUGAAUCAGGGACAGAGGUCGAUGCAGAUGUGUUUGAGGAGCUUUUGCGAGCAGGGAACCUUACUGUUAGGGUGACAACUGAGAAGUCAACAGUUGGAGUCACCCAUGUCAGACAACUCAUCUGUAUCAGUGUCAGGAGACUUCUCGCCAUUAUCCUCUGAUUCAUCAGAUGCAACAGUGAUUGUUCAGACAAACAGAGGAAAGAGAACCCAUGCUGAACGGGAAUCUGCAAAAGAGAUGGUGAGAGAUGCUCUCCUGGCCAAACCGAGUGGACAGACUAUUUUGUAUGAAUAUGAUAAAAUGAAAACAUUAAUGGAUAGCACAAGGAGACAGUUGGUAAACCUUCUUGUGGCCGACAUGGUUGAAAUUCAUGGGAACACUUCUAUGACCCACAGAGUGGAUCUGGCUACUUGGCCUGGAGGAUAAAGACUGUUCAGCGCAACACUGCAGCUCAGUCCCAGAGACCCUCCACCAGCACACCCUAUCAAGAUAGUCCAAAGAGAAAGAGGGAGGUUCUCUGCACUGAUAAGCAACUGCUUGGUGACCACUGUCAUGAAGCAAUAUCCUUUUUGAAGCAUUCAACUGAUGAAUCAGCAAUCAAAGAGAAGAUGAGGGCCACUUUUCAGUACCGCCAAACACUGGUUCAAGAUCAGCAAUGCUCUUCGACAGUCUUGGAUGUCUUCCCACGAUUCCUCGACAUCACUGGCUUGAUUGACCAAGACUUCACCAUGAUGUUUGGAGAGGAAGUGUCGGGCAGAUUUUUGGCAAAAUGGCCUACUUUUUUCAAACCGAGGAUCCUGACAGACUGCAAAAAACUGACUUCUAAUGAGCACAUUGAAGACUGCUUGUCUGUGCAGCACAACUCAGGCUGGGACAAUGACCUGUCAAGCAUUCUACUGUUGGUUCACUUGAUUCCCCCUACCUCCAAAGGCCACAAGAAGGGUGCUAAAAUCAGCGCAUGUCAAGCUGAGGACCAUGUUGUGAGAUAUUUGCAGAUUGGAGCCAGUGUUGAAACCUUCCUUGCUGGUGUGGAGCCAGGACAGCCCUUCCUCCUGUGUGUUGGUGAAAAGAAGAACAGCAUCCAAAGAUACUAUGUCAUCAUUGAUCACAAGGCCAUCCCUUGCAAGGCACAGACAUCCCUAGCAGCUUUCGAUGAGCUCUUCAAAGCACACUUCAUCUUCAGUGUCAACUACCAUGAAUCCCUCUUCAACUUCUAUACGUUCAUCCAAACCACAGUUUUUAACAUUGAUGUGGGAAGUGCCAAGGAAAGUCCAAGAGUCAAGGAGCUAAGAGUGUGGUUUUUGCACGACACUUGAGGUGACAAAUAUCCUUGGAUGCAAAUAUGUUUCUUUGUUGUCUGUAAGGCACACCACAAAAGUUCUGCAUUGCUUUGUCAGCAUUUAAGACUCCACCACAGUCUAUAUCCUGGAAAGACAUUACGUUUGAAAUGUGGACAGCCGGGAUGUUGUUUAUCAUUUUGCACUUAUUCAGGUUUCAAGAAACAUCUUGUUCAGUUCCAUAGAGAUGUUGAUUUGACUAAUACUGCUGACAAUGUGGACACUCAGAAUGAAGUUGGUGAGCCCUCAACUUCACAGGCAGUCAGUACAGAGUCUCCAAUAACUACUGAGCUCUCUGUUGACAAUGAUCUUGUGUUAAACGUGUGCUUCUGUUGUAGCACAGUUGCAAGCAUCUGGUGUUGCUGAGAACACAGUCCAAGCAAUGGUGGGUUCCAUGGAGGAACUUAUAAAUGACAUUCAUAAGAAGCGAGAGAGGCAGUUCUCAGGCAGUGGAGAAGUGUUUUGAACAACUAGAAAAUCCUUUCUCAACCUUGAACACAAGAGUCAAACGACAGAAGUUCUUUGAGGCAAAGUGGGAAAUUGUUGAAUAUGUUCUUGGGGUGCGGUUUGAUGUUCGCAGGGAUCAAACAACUUGAGUUUACAGUCAGGUCCCUGUCACAGAUACGUUUGUGUAUACACCCAUCCUGGGAACUCUUAAGUCUAUGUUCAAGAACACUGAAUUAUGUGAAAGUUUCUUGCAAGCCAAACAUCACGAAGAAGGCAUUUAUAAAGACAUAUGUGAUGGUUCAUACUUCAAGAGUAGCAUUUUGUUUUCCAAGAAAAAACAUGCUCUACAGAUUCAACUCUAUUUUGAUGAGUUUGAGAUUUAUUACAGACCCUAUGACAAACAGUUUUCUAAUGAGAUGUGUGAAAAAACAUACAUUGUGCCACAUUGUCAUAUUGUGUGACCUGUGUUGUGGUUAUUGCAAAGCCAAUGCUGUUUUUAAUGUGGUGUGCU